UAUUAGGAUAAGUUAAAAUACUUAACCCUAAGAUGCUUGGGAGAAAAGAACACUCAGUACUUAUAUUUUACUGGACACUGCAUAUGUAAUCAUAAUUUUAUGAUUACUCUCUUUACGAAAAACACUCAGUUACCGACACGUGUGCAUGUGUGUAUGCUCCGAAAUAUUAAUAUUAAGUAUAUCCAAUUAGUAUAUAUCUAAGAUGUUUUACUACCACCCAAUUCGCAACCCAAUUUACAGCAUCAAAACGUGGUUCUACCAACAGAAAUCACCAAGCAAAUUCCGAAAGCUCUGACCUUGAUCACUCACUAGUAGCCUCAAACUCAAUAGCUAUGCUAAUAUUUUGUUAGUUGUUUCUAUGUAGAAUUUUAGGGCAUUUCGUUGAUCUUGGGGUAGUCAAACACUAUCUGCCGACUCAGACGAUUCGCAAGGCAUUUGCCAAAAUUUGGGUAUAUAAGCUGAGGCCAAAAGCUCACUCAGCAUCGAAAGCAUCUCAAGCUACAAUCAAUCAUUAAAUAUGCAGUCCAACAAGGUUGUCUUCGUGUUCUUUGGUAUCAUCGCCAUGGUGAUGGCCGCCAGUCUCUCCUCAAAAGUUAAGGAACAGGAUGAUGAUGUGAUCAGUGAUCGUCGUUUCCGCUGGGAAUUCUCGCAGGAUUCUGACGAGUCUGCCAACGACUUGCAAGAAGACGAUGAUGAUGAUGUCGAAAAUGAUGACGAUCAAGAUGAUAGCGGUAGCGGAUCCGAGGAAAUUUGGAUCAUCGAAUAUCCUGAAGGCUACGAAAGCGCCUCCGAUGAAAGCGCCUCCAAUGAAAGCGCCUCUGAUGAAAGCGCCUCCAACGAAUCUUAAUCAUUUAGUUAACAAUUUUUGUAAUGUUGGUUUUUAUAAAUAGUAUUUGUUGUUAUCGCGAAAAGUUUAUGAAAUACAAGAUAUUUGCGAAAGUAA